GUAGAAAAGUUAUGGCUGAGAUGUUGUUAGGGUUAUGUUUCAUAACAUAAAUGUUAUCGCAGCAAAGAAACUAUACACAACAUUGUAUUUCCAGAUUGUAUUAUCACGUUCUUAAAUUGGAGGUUUGUCUCCCAGAAGACUCCUUAAGUGGCAGGGAACAGAGCUAUUUAAAUAAAUUGCUUCCUUGUCUGUGGAGAAGCAGGACAUAGCUCCUAGAAUUUACGGAUAUCCUGGGUCCUGUGUCACAAUUGUCUUUUGACACCAGUCAUUUUCCGCAUGAGAAUAGCUCUCGGCUUUCAGGAACAGACAAGUUGCCUGGAGAACUCCCUGUUCCGCCACAGCUGAAGCGCUGGGAAACAUACUGUGAGUGGGCUGUCAAGUGGAAAGAAGAAAAUACUGAAAAUUUUUAGAGUGGUCAUUUCACAGUAAUUUAACUCUUCUGAGAAUUUCAACCCUUUUCUGAGUGGUUUUCUUUUUGCAUGCGCACCUGGAUUUGACCUGGAUCACCAUCUUUUCCCUCUGAAAGUGAAAAAUUGAAUACAGCAGCAAACUUUCUCAGUCUUGAGGAAAUUUGUUCAAUCUACAUCAUGGGAAGGCCUUUGUUUUUGUACAUAUUUUUAUUCUACUGGCAUUUCCUAAAUGCUUUAUUCACUGUUGAAGCUCCUCAGUCACUCUGCACUGUGGAACGUGGGAACAAUGUGACCAUGGAAUGCACAUUUCCAGUGAAUGGGAAAUUAGAGUUUAGAGAAUUAAGUGUCAGCUGGGAAAAGAAAGAUGAGUCGAAGCAGGUUUAUGAACUUCACAAUGGAGAGGAAGACUUCAGAAAUCAGCAUGAUGACUUUAGGGGAAGAAUAAAAUUGUUGAAAGAGAAUCUGAACUUGGGACAGUCUCUCCUUCAGAUCAGUGACGUGAAGCUCAGAGACGCAGGGGAUUACCGCUGUGUCAUUAUCUAUGGGGGAGCUGACUACAAGACAAUCCAUCUGAAAGUUAAGGCUCCUUACAGAAUUAUAAACCAAGGAGUGGUGAACACAGGACACAACGAAUGGGAAUUGACAUGUCAGUCAGAAGGAUAUCCAGAAGCUGAAGUGAUAUGGAAAAACAGAAACCAUGAAGAUUUGACUGAUAAGGCUAACACAAGAUUUGAAACUGGAAGUGACCAGUUGUACCGAGUGACAAGUACCCUUAUAAUCAAAAGUGAAAUUGAUGAGAUUUUUUACUGUAUAUUCUGGAAUAAAGAGCUGCAAGAAAACACAUCUGCCAUUUUACACAUUGCAGAUUCAACUGAUGGCAUUCUCCAGACUGAGAGCAGACGUUUUGUUGGAGUAGCUCUCAUUGUUACUGCUUUUGUUGGAUCAGGGCUUCUAUUUCUGCUCUGCAUAAGAAAAGCUAGAGAAAACAAGGGCAACAGAAUACCUGUGGCGAGUUCAUCAAUAGCAAAGCUGUCAAAAGAUAAGAAUUCACAUGAUGGCAGAGAUGCUCCUUUUGAAGACAGAGAGCUGAAAUAUAUGCAAAUUGAAGAGACCUAGAGAGAGCAGGGGAAGAUUGUUCUCCUCUAUUGUGAAGAUCUGACAGCUCAAAUGUUCUGUGCUCUAUUUAUUAAAGGGGAUAUUAUUUCUUUGUAUUUAUUGUUUGAUGCUAAUCUUCUAUAUUGUUAUAACACAGGAAAAAAAAUGAAGUUAAUGUAAGUUAAAACAAUUAUUAUAGCAUAAAAAAUUAUUGAAUGUAGGCUUCUGUAUAAGACUAGAUACUGAGGCAUUUACUUAAGUAUCAAAGUUUCCACUUUCUUAAGUUUAGGCAAAUGUAUCUUUUAAAGACAUAUUUAAUUGAAAAUAUCUUUCAGGUAAAGCACUUUAGGUCUCUGACCAUCAUGAAUUUCAUUUUUAGUUCUUGAUAGGUCAUCUUCUGAACCCUUUUUUCUUCCUUCUUCAUCUGAGCUCUCCAUUUCCUGCAUAAAACUGGUUUUCCAUCUUUUGAAGAAUCUUUUUAAUACUUUGAUCCUCAUAGAAGAUGAUGAAGCAACAAGACAAGAUGACAUACGUACAGGGCAUUUUCAGUUCUUAAAAUACCAGAUGCUCCCAGCUAAGCCUGAAAAAGAUGAUUUAAAAUGCUUGGCAACUAUGGCUUGGAAAUUAAAUAAUAUUGAGCUUUUUGAUACCUUUCCUUGAAAGGCAUUUUGGGCAUUUAAUUUCCUCAUGAUAUAGCUGGCACUACCUGGUUACUGCUCGUUGCUCUUCUGAUUUACUGUUUGGGGAUGAUACAAUUCUUUGGACAUUUAGGAAGAACAGCCCUUGUUUUAGAUGGCCAUUUUGUUUUCCUGGGAAUGGAAAAAGGCAAAUCUACUUACUUCUAGGACCUGAAAUAUAUGCACAUGUGAUUACAUAGAAACGCUGAAGAAACCUGUUCCUGGAUCCCAUUUUGCAGGUUAUUGUUAUGUUAUGUUUUGCUAAGUGCAUAUCUUUUUGGGGGGAUCAUACACAAGUGAAAAUAAUUUAUUACAAUGGUUUCACAAUUGUAUUUUUUUAAUAAAACACAUUUUGUUUUU